AUGGCGGCACUGUACCAGUUUUUGCUUCGAGGAGAGAGGGAGAAUUACACUAUUAUGACUGCAUUGCUUUUAAGAAUUUGGGAGGAAGAAAUCGGUGGAUCCGAUUUCAAGCAGAAAGAGGAAGGAACACAAAUCGAACCCACCGAUUUGUGUGAAAGAGAGAUUCAGUUUACAUCAAAUCGGAUCCACCGAUUUGUGGGAGCCCAAUUUUAUAAAACGGAGAGUGCAAUUUUGUUGCAAACAUAUGAAGGAGUUCAAUUUGUGUGUGAAAAUCUAUUAGAUGUUGUUAUUCCGUUCACAUUGUCAUUUGAGGAAUUGAAAGGUGUGAUUUGUGAGAAGAUAGAUUCUCAAAGAUCUAGGAGAGUAUCGUGUAUUUUGUACAGGUAUCCUUUAUCUGUGUUUGGUGGGUUUGUUCAAUUUCAGACCAAGUACGUGAUGGAUGAAGCGAGUAUGCAUGAAAUGUUUUCAAUGUAUAUAGAAAAUCGCCAUCGAAUGUCGUGCAUCGAGUUGUAUGUUGAGUUUGAGCAAUCUGAAGCGGACCGUAACAUUGAAUUGGAAGAUUAUAAUAGUGAAAGCGAGGAUGAAUUUGAAAGUAACUAUGAGAUCGUUGGUCCAGGUGAAGACGAAGAUGAAGCUGGCGGCGCUAUGAACGCAGAUGUGGCGGAAGUUGCAAAUGCACUAGCAAACCCGCAUCCGUUUCAGGAGCCUUCUUUCAUGCGGUUGUUGGAUUUGGAGGCUAUGCACGCACCGGAGUUUUUGCAAUAUAUAAAUGAUUUAUUUCUUUUGAUGUUUGCAACGCUUCCUGUUGUAGCGGAUGGUGAGUUCGCAGUGGGGAUGGAAUUCAGUUCAAAGGAGGUAGUAAUCAAGGCAAUGAAAGAUUAUACCAUCCGGAGAGGUGUAGACUAUCGAGUAUAUGAGUCGGAACCGAUGACAUUCUUUGCCAAAUGUACAGAAUAUGGCAAUGGUUGUGACUGGUUGAUCAGGGUUACCAAAAUGCAAAAGAAGUACUGUUGGGAGAUAAGGAGGUACAAUGGAAGUCACACUUGUACUAGGUCUACUACUUCGCAAGACCAUUCGAAGCUGGAUUCCAAGACAGUUGCAGAAGCAAUUAAGCCAUUGGUAGAGGUUGACCCAUCUAUAAAGGUGAAAUCAGUCAUUGCUGAAGUCCAGUCAAAGUUUAACUACACCAUCAGUUAUCGCAAGGCUUGGUUAGCAAAGCAGCAGGCGGUGGAAUCAAUUUUUGGAGGUUGGGAAGCAUCAUAUGAAGCUUUGCCCAUAUGGUUUGAGGCCAUGUGUCACAAGGAGCCAUCAGCAGUGGUUCACUUUGAAACAAUGCCUGCUUACCAGGGGGAUGAUUUGGUUCCUGAUAUACGUGUACUGCAUAGAGUCUUCUGGAGUUAUUACCCUUGUAUAAGGGCCUUCAGACACUGCAAGCCAGUGGUGCAGGUGGACGAAACUCAUUUGUAUGGAAAAUGCAAAGGUUGUUUAUUGGUUGCAGUCUCACAAGAUGGUAAUAACAUCGUGCCUAUUGCAUUCGCCAUAGUGGAGGGAGAGACUUCUGAUGCAUGGUACUUUUUCUUGAGUAACUUACGUCAACAUGUGGUGACAUGUGAUGGUGUGGGACUUAUCUCUGAUCGACACGAUUCUAUUAGGUCAGCUAUUGAGAGAAGUAAUGGGGUUUGGUCUACGCUUAGAGCAUUCCAUAUGUUUUGUAUCUGGCAUAUUGAGUCCAACUUCUUGAGGAAGUUCAAGGCACCUUACUUGCAGAAGCUCAUCGUCAACAUUGGAUACUCGAGGACGAUCAGGGAGUACCAGAUGCGCUAUGAACGAUUAAAGGAACAGGGUGAGGCUUACACCAACUGGCUUGAUCGAAUCCCACGUGAGCAAUAUGCUUUGGCAUUUGAUGGUGGAUACCGAUGGGGUCAUAUGACCACCAAUCUUGUGGAGUGCAUCAAUUCCGUCUUAAAGGGUGCACGCAAUCUCCCGGUGACUGCGCUUGUUAAGGCUACAUUUUACAGACUGAAUGAGUUGUUCACUAGGAUCAGCUCUAAGGUUGUAACCUUUACCUUUUUCACUUGUGGCCGUACCUAUGAAAACACAACAAAUGUUGGAUGCUAUUACUCAAAUGGCAAUUCAAUAUGUAAUACAAAUACAAGUUCACCAUGA